AUGGUAGACUCCCCUUUGGAAGGUUCUGUACUAGAAUUUGCCCUCUGGUCCUACAUCACACACGUGCUGACCUCAUUCCAAGGAUUCCUAGUAGCCCUACUGUACUGCUUCCUCAAUGGAGAGGUUAGGAGCGCUAUAGCCAAAAAAGUCAACCUGCACCUGUCUCUAAGAUCUCAAGGAUCAGGACAUUUGGGUUCCAGGCAUUCUUUAUCGGCAGGAACCCCGGUGCAAAGUGGUGCCCUUUGGAGGUUCUGGACUUAUGUCACUUCUGUCUGUCUUUAUAAUAGUAGGAGUGCUAAAACUAGGGCUUACAGGGGUUCUGAAAGACGAAGGUACCCCAGAGGUUCUUCAACUGUUCAGCAUGAUUUGACCAGUAUUGCUGAACACGAUAAGGAAUAUCAUUUGGACGCAGAGUUUUUCCAGAAAUUGCCACAAGACGAUCCGAUAAGUGAAGAAGCAACAAGCAACAACAUCAACAUCAACAUCAACUGCGAUAAGGAUGAUAAUAACAUCGCAUUGAUAACUUAUCUUCAAGAAAGUAGGUCGACAUGACAGGAGAACCGGAAAAGACUGCAUUUUGGAACUGCAAGAACCAAAUUUAUAAGACAGAAAAAAGUGCAUGCAAGAUCUGAGGAUGUACUGAAGGAAAUUGACGAAACGUCGGUGGACGAACCGAUUAAAUAUUAAUUUUUAAAAAAUAUAUACAUAUUUAUUUUUAUUAAAAUAA